CUCAGAACUCGAGCAUAGUGCUGACGACGUGUCUGAAAGACGAGUGGAAGACGAGAUAGGUCUGCUGCACACAGGAACUCCAGGCUCCUAUCACCGUCCUCCUAUACCACACCAAGUCCGACGCCCGAGGCUGUGUGUCAGACUACUCAUCCGCUGAGCACGCCUCGACAAGGUUGACAGACAUUCCUAGAAGACCUAUUUCUUGGUCUGUCCGCCAUGUCCUUUAGUGUCGAGAUUCGCGAGUCCCACGAGCUGAAUGCCUGGACUGGUUGGCCAUCCUCACGCGACGACGACGACUGGACUACAAUUGUAGUCAGUGAUAUUCCAAUGGACCCUUUGACACGAAACCACGCUUCGCCUACCUUCGCUCUACCAGGGCCUACUUAUACCGAUACAUUCCUCGCAGGACUGUUCCCUUCAACGGCUCCAUCAACAAUCGAUCCUUCUCCAGCGCAAGAGACGGCUGGGACUACAUUGUAUAAGUCAACGGGUCCACCAGAGCCUAACGAGACAAGCCCGAGUUCAUCGGGCACUGAUGGCUCCAGCACCGUGCCAUCGGGUGUUCCACUCUCGACUACAUUGCCUCAGAACGAGGACUCAUCGCAGCACUCAAAGGUCAUAAAGCACGUCGCCGCGGCUGUCAUCCCGCUCGCAUGUUUGGCUAUCCUCGGGGUAAUACUGUUCUUGUAUAUUCGGAGACGUCGGCGCCAAAAGCACCAGACUCUUGUGCAGAAGGAAAUGAAGAGGCACAGUCCCGACAAUUACUCGCCCGCGGCCGAGCAGCAAGCAUACUACCAUCAUCCAUCAGGCACGCCUCCGCCAGCACUCUCGCCAAUGCCACCCCAACCUGUCAUUCUUGGGCCGAUCGCUCCGAACUCAAAUGGAGCCUACUAUACGGGUAUCGAUACUUCUGAUGUGGUAUCGAUGCACGAGACUCAUCCACCUCCUCAGCCAACGGGGCUCGGCAAUCCAUUUGUUGACCCGCAACACGAAGAACCACCUCCGCCAUAUCGACCUCGUAGUUUAGCGCCACUCUCACGAAACACGAGCCUUCGAAGCCCGCCUCCUGCAGCUCUAUCUCAAACAAACCUAAUGGCUGCGCAGGAGCAAACUCGGUCGCCAUUCAGUGACCAUCACGACGACGAUAACAUCUCCGAGUUUUCGGCCACGGCACCACACUAUGGACGAAGAGCAGUAGACGAACUCUCUGUAGUUUCAGAUCUUUCUUACCAGCAGGACCCGGUCGUUAACAGACCUUCAGUAUGAUAGGGGUGCUUUUUUUCCUGUAGAAUAUGAUAUUACGCGAAAAGGACGUAUUUUUUAGCCUUAAUUUCUUCCCCGCAUGGCAGCUCGGCGUUGGUAAUGGAUGGAGUACUAGGG